AGUUAUACUAAGACGGCCUUUAAGCAUUUUGCAAGUUUUUCAAAUAUAUCCUAUGUAAUAAAUUUAGUGGUGCUUCCAUCUAGCCAUCGACUUUAGAGUUUUCGGAUUGCCUUGAUCUUACGCUUGUGCUAUUACUGAUUGUUGUCGUUUGCCUUUGUUUUCAUAUAUGGGUGCAUUCAGUGUGCUUAACUUGUCAUCGGUCAACAUUUUCUAUUGAUCUUUCCUCUUACAGAUAUUCUUCCACGUGCCCUCAGCACACAAAAUAUCUUCAGUCCUUUCGAAAACCAUUACAUAGUAAAAUUUCAUCAGAGUAUCUCCUCGUAGGCCAGUUCUAGCCAUCUGGUCAAGUUACACAUCACACCUAACAUGAUGGAUAUUGAUGAGAUCGAGUUCAAGGACCCUCCAGAAUUCAUCAAAUAUGUUUGUGGCAGAUUGAAUAUGACUAAGGAAGAAUUCCGAGAUGAGUUUCAUGAAGCAUGCGUUAAUGGACACUUUGAUUCUACUGUCUUCUCAACUGUGCGGAAACUCUUCCGCUUUCACUGCUUUUGUGCCAGCCGAUUCAGGACUAAAAACAAAAUGUUGUGCACAACUAAGCUUUUUGAGUAUCUUAUAUCAGGAACCUUGGGAUUUGAUAACCUGAGACGCAAACGUAGGUUUCUAAAGAAGUCAAUUGUGGUAAUAACAAUUUUUAGUGAAAGAAUACGAUUAUUCUGCAAGAUGCAGUCUUGUAUGGACAACUAAUUAUUUUGCUUAUCGUUGCAGAACAUGUGGAAUGUCUCCCAGUAUGUCUCUCUGCAGUUCUUGUUUCACUGCCGGUAAUCACGAAGGACAUGAUUUUAACAAGUUUAAAAGUCAUGCUGGUGGUGCAUGCGAUUGUGGUGAUGCAACUGUAAUGAAAGAAUCAGGGUACAUCAGUUAUUUCGUGAUUUUUUAUUCAGUCUAUAGUUCAAUAGGUUACCACUUCAUUGGUUUAUAUGGUAGUGAAUUCAUGAAUGAUGUUUGUCGUUAUUUUAUAGACUAGUUGACUCUAUUUAGUUUUGUCGUUUAAAUUUAAGCAACUCUCUUCAAUCAUCUUAAUUGAUUGUUAACAGGCCGUUAAGUAAACACUUUAUCACUAGAUUCAGUUUUCAUCAUCAUCUGGCUAAUACACGUCGUCUGUAUUUUAAUAUAAUACAAAGAAUAUUCCGAUAAUGUGAAAAACAGCCAUGUUUAAAUGAAAGGACAUUACAAGGCCUAAAGUUUGAUUUUUUUUGAAGGUGUAGGACCAGGCACAUAUAUGCAUCGAUCCAAGUUGCUACACCUCAGUAUCACAACAAGAUAAACAUCAAAUUCAUAGAAGCAGUUACUUCAAUGGUAGUAAUGUAGAAAAGAAAGAUUGUGUAUAAUGAUAUAGUACAGGAAGAAAGAAUUGGUUCGUAUAAAGAAAGGUAUAAAGUAAGUUUAAUAUCUCACAGUUUAAGGGAAGACAGAGAGUGUAUACACCUACGCCAUUGUGAUCGACUGAGAGCCAUGUAACCUAGUCUCCAACAAUGGAAAUACGAUAGUCACGCAUACCCCAACCAAGUAGUCUGCAUGUACCAACAUGGCUCAGACUGAAAGUUAGUAACUUUAUAGACUGAUACCACGUUUUGGUUCGUCCGACCCUAACUUAAUUCAAACCAUCAACACUAAUCAGCACUGUGUUGUGGUAAUCGGUGUUCAGGCAUACGCAACACGUGGACCAACUAUCUCAGUCGAUGAAGAUUUACAACCUUAUCAACUGACUUAACAUCAUUCCCUAAUACCCUGAGUCUAACCUCAUCAUGACUAACCCGUUGGUCCCGGCGGAUGCGAGCAAUAUUUCUAGGACAUCUGUGAUCAAAUACUAGUAACUUACGAAUAUCUUUUACUCUUAAUGACCACGUUUCGCAGAUAUGAAAUAGAACAGAACGAACUACUGCGCAGUAUACUCGUCCAGUAAUUGAUAAACGGAUAUCUCGACUUCUCCAUAGGUGACGUAAUUUGGCAAAAGCCAAACGAGUUUUUCGGAUCCGUGCAGAGAUUUCAUCAGACACCAACGCAUUAGGACUGAUCAGACUUCCAAGAUAAGUGAGGUUGUCAACGUGUUCGACUACUUCACUCCCUGUCCUUAGUUCAGGCGUUGACGCAGGCCAGUCGUGAAGCGACACCCUGCAUUUAGAAGGUGAGAAACGCAUCCCAAACAUUCUGGUAUUGUUGCUCAGUGCUAUCGAGAGGCUGCAUUUUAUCAGUGUUUUCACCAAAUACAACUAUAUCAUCUGUGUAUUUUAAGUCAAUAAGUGGACCUCCUGGUAGGAGAUCAGUGCUCGAAAAUCCAGACGACGUGAACAUUAUUUCCAGCAGUAGGUAUAUAAUGAAAUUAAACAGAAAUGGAGAUAGUAGAUAGCCUUUACGGACACCACUUGAGGUUGCAAAAGCAGAUGGCAGUUCGCCAUAAACUCUGACUCUACUAGUGUUGUUCGAGUUAAGUGCACUCACAAUGUUUAUGUACAUCUGAGGUAUACAUUUCAAUGACAGACACUGCUACAGAAUCUCGCGGUAUACAGGAUCAAAUGCUGCUUUUAAGUCAGGAAAGACCAUCAUUGUCGGACGCCGAUAAACAUACGUGUUCUAGAACCUGACGGAUGUUGAAUAUAUGGUCGAUGCAGUCACGAUCAAGUCUAAACCCAACCUGAUUUCCUCGUGUUUGCAGUCCACGAGUCUUAGUUGUGCACCCGAUAGUUAUUGAGCGUAGUAUUUCGGAUGCUAUAUUGGUCAAAGUAAUCCCUCUAUGGUUAUCAGAGGAUGAUUUAGACCCUGGGUGUAGUUUGUAAUGUUAAAUAAGGACAAGUUUAGGGAUGAGAGUCAUUUUUCUAUCGUUGAAUAACGAGAAUACGAAGACAGAUCUUAUUCGAAACUAGAUACUGAGCGGUUGACGUCACUCGUCACUCAAUGGGUUUCGUCAUGUAGUUCCUGCAGGGUUACUUGAUAAUUGUUAUUUGGACAUAAAGGUAAUUUGUAUCUUUUUCACGUAUUUCGCGUCAAUAGGAACUGCUUAUGUCGGCCGAAAUAAGAGGUAUAACCUGGCUGCCUUGAGGAUGCAUUUGGAUUUCUACAUUUUGACUUUGUAUGCAAUUUUAUUAGCUCGUUUCAAAUUCAUAAUACUUUUGAUAGUGAUGGUGUACCAGUAAAUGUUAAACAGGUAACCCCAAAAUCAUCUCCAGGAAAUCCAAAACAAUAGAAUCUUAUUAGUAUAAAUAUGACGAGAGGUAGUAUAUUAUAUACGAAGUAUCGUUAGUUAUGCCUUAUAGAUUUGUUUGGGUUCCGUAUUAACUUUUGAUAAUUUUAGAUUUUGCCGUUUUCACGGACCGGAUAAAGUGCACAAUCGUCCAGUACCUCCUGAUGAUUUAGUUGCUCCUCUUAGAUGCUUACUUCCAAGUUUCUUAUCUGCUUUGUUGUACUGGCUGUGGGAACAUGGAAGAGAUAGUGAAGGAUUGAAUUUUAAUGAAGAUGAUACACCUGCUAUCUCAAUUCUUCAUGCAUUACAUGCCAGUGGAUGGGUUACACAAAAAAUGAUAGCUGAUGUUAUGAUUGACAAGGCAGUCUAUGAAAAGUUGAUAUUUGAAACUGAGAGUCGGAGAGCAUGUGGUGACUAUCAACUGAGUGUAUCCAGUAAUCCUGAAUUUGAAUUUCCUCCUAUUAUAAGCAAUCAAAAUUUAGUGCAUCAAACACUUUUGGAUGCUUUCAUUUUCUCGACUGUAAAACUACGCUUUCCAGAAAGUUUGGUCACAUUCUUAAUUGGAUUGUUAGCUGUUGAAGAAUUCAAGGAAGAAUUUAUUCAAUCCUAUCUUAAUCAUUACACACGUAUAGCUUCAACUGUUCUACUUUCAGCACGUGCACGUAUUUCACCUGAAUGGUCUUUACAAAUGAAUAAUCGUAUUGUACAUAUAUCAGUACAAUUGUUUAGUGGUGAAGAAUUAGCUUUACGUGUAAUUAAACAAAGAAAUCUUCAUCAUCUCCUUGUACAUUGUUUACUAAAUAUGUUAACAUGUUGUCGUACUCGUUUAGACGAUCGAAGCAAUAUGGUGCUUAGUUGUGAUGGGAUAUUUAUUCAAAACAAUGUAUUUUGGCCAUUCGUUUCAGAUCUUAGUAAUUUAGUUUCUCAUAAAUCAAUAGUUGAUAUUCUUGUUGAAGACGCAGAUUUUUUAAAUGCAUGGACUAAAUUAAUACGAUAUAUGCAAUUUAUGAAUUGUUUUACAAUGAAAGAGGGAAAUCAUAUCGAAUAUGAAACAAUGACAUUUUAUCAUGCAUUUACAAUGGAAGUUGAAAUUAGUUCAGCUACAAUGUGGAAUUUUUGGAGACAUUGUCGACUUCCAUCUGAACGCACACAUUGUUUAUUAUAUACUAAAGCUUGUUUAUCAACAUUAGCUGAUUUAUUGAAUGGACUUGGUCGAUUAAUUAGCCCAACUGUACCAGAAACUCGGCCAACACGUUCUGCUCUUAGUCUUCAUCUACCAUUGAUGCGUCAUGUUUCUUGUUUUAUUCAUUUAUCCACUAUGCAACAUGGUGUCAAUGUAAGACAAUUAUUAGUUGAUUAUCUUUUACCGAAACCACGUCUAUUACGACGUUUUAUGGAGCACUUAGUUAAUAUUUUGUUAGGUUGUCAUGAAGUGCUUAUUGGUUAUUGGAUACGUAAUGGUCAAAGUGUUAGACAAUCAGUCUCACAUUAUAUGCAAAGUCAAUUUUGUUAUUCAUUUAUUGAUUUGGAUAUAUUUGCAUUACAAGUAUGUACCGCUUUGUUACCGCCUGCAUAUUUUUUGAAUGCUUUAGUCGAUCAAACAAAACUAUUAAGAGGAAUUUGUUUUCACAAUGAAUUGUUAAGCUUGGUUUCAGAACCGGAAGUGAAAAAUCUUGACCGUAAACCAAUGGCUUUACAAGCUUGGCUAAUUAAUUUGUGUUGGAUAUUGGAUUUACGUAAUAAUCUAGGACUAACCGAAGAAGAAUUAUUACAGAAAGAGCUUGUUUCUGUGUUAGCUCCAGAGCCUAGAAAACGUAGUGAUUUGUCUAUUCUAAUUCCUGAACGUUGUGGUAUUAUUAAUCCAUCAAAUAAUUUAGAUUCAGUAUUGAAAAAGGUGGCUACUUAUUCUGCACCGUCAUGUGAUGAAACUUCCGGUAGUCUUAUCAGUGGUCAUUAUUACCUUCGGCCUAGUUUAUGGCAUACUGAUUUCGAUCCGAUUUUUCACUUACUUCGUGUAACUAGUCGAAGAGAAUCAAGUCUAGCUAUGGAAAAAUAUCGGGAACAUUGUCGCCAACGCCAUGGUGUUACAAAUAUGUCUUCAUUGUGGCCACCAUUUCGUAAACCCAAGCAAUUGCCACCAGAUUUCCGUGGUCUGGAUCAUGUACUACAUAGUCGUCAUUUACAUUAUAUCAUUUUUAUACAACUCAGUUUAUUUGUCUAUGGUGAUCCACUUGUAACAGAAGAAAGCUUAGCUAUGAUUAUUCAUUUAAUCAGUCGAGCAUUGGACACCCCGUGUCGUUCGCCAGGAAAUAAUAGAAAAACUUGUACUAAGAUAUUUAUGGAAAAUCAAACAUCCAAGAAUAGUGAAUCAAAUUUACCUAUAUUAUCAUUGAAUAAUGUUAAUAGUUAUGAUACUGGUACAAAGCUUUUAACUGAACAAAAACAAACAGAAGAAAUAAACGAGAUGCAGCAUCAACAAUCGUUGAAGCAAAAAGAAGAUUUAAUUACAGAAAAAUGUCAAAAUACUUUCAUGGAUGACUUUAUUAUGGAUUGGGAAAAGGGCAGAUUUGAAGAAGUUUUGGAAGAUACUGACUCAGAUAGAUUAGAUCAAAUUGAUUAUGACGAUGAUGAUGACGAUGAAUAUGGCGAUGAUGAUGUUGAUGAUGAUGAUGAUCAUAAUGAUGAGACUGUUGCAGGUGUUGGUAGUUCAGAUGAUCGUGAUUUAAAUGAAUUAACUAUUGAUUCACAACUUAUUAAUAAUAAACAACUACGCACUAAAACUCGUAAUUAUCGUUCAUCGCAUAUAUGGCGUCGUCAACCAUGGAGUUCAUUAUGUCCUUUACCAUCUACUCCAUCAUUUUCAUCAUCGUCUAAUACAACUACUGCUACUAAUCCUCCAACUAGUAAUAAUCGUCAGAAAAAAUUUUGGGAUACUAGUUUAAUUAAUUGUCCAUAUGAAUCACGUACAAGUAUACAAGAUAAUUUAAAUUGUUGGCUUAUGAUAUCAAAGCAUAAUAUUCCACAAGUUUCUUGUGCUCAAGUUAUGCUUGCUAGUCUACCAUUGAAUCAAGGAUCAGAUUUAAAUUGUACAUUAAAUACAGUACCUGUUUUAGUAAAUAAUGAAAUACAAACUGAUUCCAAAAAUAUUAUGCUGGACAGCAUUAUUUCUUUACUUAUCAAAGCACAUGCUCGUCUUUACUGGAGUCGUAUUGUCGGUGGAGCUGACGCUAUCCCAAAAAUUUCUCUCGGUGGUUCACUGUUCACUGAUCCUAAUUUAACUGCGCAACAAUCUGGAAUAACAGACUCAUCGAUGAUAAUAACAACAGCAAUGCCAGCUAUAAAUGUAGAUGGCAAUAAUCCUAUAACAUUAAGUCAAGACCAAGUUGGUGAUAGUUGGGUGGAUUUUCUUAACGCUUUUCCAAAACACAAUACUGUUACUCCUGCUACUACUACUGCAAAUAAUAAUUGUCUAACUCCUCGUUGUAUGGCUGUUUUAAUGCCAAAUGAACGACAUGAAUGUUCAAAUUUGAAUAAUUCCAGUAAUCCUACUGUCUCACCAUCGUUUGCAUCUAAUAAUGUGAAUCUUAACCCUUCAAUUAUUGCAAAUAUCCCUCCUGAAUUACGUUAUUUCGCUUCUUCUAAACCAACUUAUUUUCUACCGGAAGAAAGGAAUGAAUCAACAUAUCUUCGAGAAUCAACAAAUGCUACAAAAAGUUACGAUUUUACCAGUUCAUUAGCAAACAAUGAUGACAAUUCUCUAACGACAUCAACAGCAAAUGAUGUAUGUCAUUUUACUAAUUUCGGUGAUGGUGCCUAUUGGAUAGAACGAUUAUUAGAUAAAAUUGCAUCUCUAUCAGAAAAUAAUAAAUCUGCAAUUAAAAUGUAUUUAGCUAGAGCUAGAUCACCAUAUAAACAAGUGGUACACUUGCAUACACUUCAACCAAUGGAUGUUAUUUCAUCGUCAUCAUCAUCAUCAUCAUCAAAUGUUGUGCAACAAUGUCAACAGAAGCAACACUUAAUUAUGUCAAAUAAUUCCAAGAUGAGUGGUAGUAAGGAGGGGAUCGGUUUAAACAAUGAAACUGACGUAAUAUUCAAUAUUUCAUUUUCAUCGACAAAUGAUGGUAAUAAUUCUUCAAUGAAUCAAAAUUCGCCGAAUUCAUCUUGUCUUCCAACGACAUCAGCAGUUGGUACUCGUGAUGAACGUAAACGUGCUGCACUAGAGCGACGAAAGCGUCUUAUAGAACAGAUGACAUCUAAGCAAAAAGCAUUCGCUUCUACCCAUUUAAAGGAUAUAGAAUCACUGAAUCAGCAGACUGUGGAUCGUAAAGAACAGUCAGAUAAUAGUGAACCAUUGUAUGAAUGUGUUAUUUGUCAAAUAUCUGGUCGACCAUCAGUAGAUGACAUGGUUCUUUUAGACAUGAUGUGUGAAUCAAAUCUUAUGCUUCAGCUUCGUGAAACUGCUGUGAUACCAACAUUAUCUGGACGAGAUCUUAGCCAGUCAUCAGGUUAUCCUCCAGUUCUUUCCGAAACUGACGACUUAUCAUGGUUGUCACCAGAACGACCACCUGUUGCUAGCUCACUGUCUCAAGAUUCUCAGUUGAGUAAUUCAACAAACACUGAUAAUCCUUCUCCAGUUAGUGGUAGUAGUCAAGCUCCAGCAGGAAUUGUUGGUCUACCAAUUCAUCCAAUUACAAGUAAUUCUUCUAUGGAAUCACAUACAAAACCUUCAUCAUCACCUAAACCUCAAACACUUUCUGGUAAUAAACAAUCAAAACAUCACUUAUGCUAUACUGAAUCUCGUCAAUGGUGGAGUCAUGCGAUACCUUCUCUGAUAUCUAAAACAUUACCCCUACUACGUACUGGACUUUUAUUACAAACUUGCGGUCAUGUUGUUCACCGAGAAUGUUUUCAGCGUUAUCGUACACAUGGGGGUAAUCGUUCUACUACAACACGUCAUCGUUCUUGGAUUGUAUGCCCUUUGUGUAGAAGAGAUAUUCAUCAUCUUUUACCAUUAGUUCCACUGCCUAAAUCUGAUGCAUUUGGCAAUAAACAACAAUUAUACCCUUCUGUAGAAUAUGGUCAACAGAAUAUUGCAAUGCUUUUGAGUAAACUAAAUUCAUUAUCAGACACUGGUUCAACAUUUUGGAAUGAUUUAAAUGGUUCUGAGGAUGAGUUAAAUGUUCAGCGUCGAAUUCUGAUGUCUCAACUAAUUGGCAGUAAUUAUGAGGCUACAAUACUAUUAAGAUGUCAACUAGAAUGUGAACUUAGUGUUCUGAUGAGUUAUCCAUCACAAUAUUCCAUGGUAUCUCGUCGGUGUUAUUGGCGAGAGUUUAUUUGUUAUCUCCGACAAAUAUAUAAGAAGUCAUCGGAUAUUAAGAAUUUAAUACAAUGUCUCAUGAUUGAUGAAGUAAAAAGAUUGGAUGAUGACAAUACGUUUCCAGUGUUUGCUUUACUUCAAGAUCCAGUUGAUAUUCUGCUUGGACUGCUACCUCAGGUAUGGCCUAAUGAAGGUAUUUUCCAUACCGUCUUGGCAUCGACAUUUUGUUUGGCUUAUAUACGUGCUCUUAUCAGUGUUACAUUCAAUCGUUCCACUUCAUCAACAUGUUUUAAUUUAGUUAAACAGAUCAAUGGAACACGAAAUUUAUUGAGUAAAAUUUCUGGUGUUCUCAGAAAGCAUUUAGAGAUUUUACUUAAUUAUUUAAGUGAGUUAAACAUUUCAUUUACUCCUACUUGUGAUCAUCGCCAUCUGCAUGAUACGCAACAAGAUCAACAGUGUCAUUCAACUGAAUCUUUAGAGGAUACUUGUCAAUCAUCUAAUGAAAUAGAACAUAUUUUAAAAGUACUAUAUCUUGCAUCAAAAUUACCGGAUGAGAAUUUCUUUAACCAAUCCUCUUCCUCCUCAUCAUCAUCGACAGCAACAUCUUCGUCAUCAUUAUCAACAAUAACAGCAACGACACCACAUUCUUCUCUUCCAAUAGAAUAUGAUCAAAAUCAAAUUGAAUUACAUAUUAUUCUUCGUAUACUACCAUUUCUACGUAUUGCUAGUUUAUGUUGGACACGUUGGCAUCCAGACAAUGUUGGCACUGUUAAACCAUUAGGUUUACCAUUUGUUGGAUUAUUAAUUAAAUCAACUCAGAAAGCUAAUAGCCAAGAUCAAUUGUCAACAAAAGAAUUAAUGUCUAUUACACCUGAGCAACAAUUAAUUGAAUUCAGUGAUCUUUGUCGUAUAUUAUCACUGGAUUGUGGAGAUAGUACAGUGAUAAAUGUAGCCCAGGUUGGUGAAUUAGCUGGUCGUUUAUGUGGAUUAUGCACUCCUAAUAAUAAUAAUGCUAUAGAAUGUCUUAUUGGUCGAUGGAUUGGUCAGAUUAAAAAAGUAUCGUCAGUUCACUUAACUGCUUCAUCACCAGCAUUACUGUUACAAUCUUCAACAUCAGUAUCGUCAUCAUCUACUGUCUGUGAUAUGCCUUUACAAAUUAAUAAUAAUAAUGAUAUCAAUCAAUUAUCAAAUAUUGAUCAUAGAAAUAUACUUACUGAAGUUGAGAAUGUCUCAUCUGUUAGUCGAGGAACAUCGUAUUUUAUCUUGCAUAUAACUGAAUAUCUACGGUCAUUAGUUGAAAUUGGUCGUCAAUUGUAUUCACCACGUCUUAUACGUACACCAUCAUCAUUUGAUGUAUUAUUCAAUGCAUUACAUUUAGUCAAUUGUUCAUCAAAUCAACACAGAUUUCAAGAUAAUAUUCUAUGUCUCAUUUGUGGACGCUUAUUAUGCAGUUUAUGCAGUAAUUUAGCUACCGUCGUUGUUGAACAUACCUAUAUGUGUGGUGGUUUUUCUGGCGUAGUCCUUGAAGUGAACACUUCCAUUGUUUACGUAUCACUUGGAUCAAAUAUUUGUGAUUGGGGCUCAGUUUAUUUAGAUGAAUACGGAGAAGAAGAUUUAGAAUUAAAACGUGGGAAACCAUUAUUCCUAAAUGCUGAACAAUUUGCUCUCCUAGAAAAUCAGUGGAUCACUCAUUCAUUUCGUCAUGUAUUGAAAAAUUGGCGAUCUGUUUGAAAAGAAAAUCAAAACAAGGACAGAACACAUCCACAUAUAAACAUAAAAAACCAUAUGUGAACAUCAGUGUCACAAUUCGUCGCCAUAAUCAUAAUGUACUAUUAUUGUACAUAUCAAAAUAUGUUCUGUUAAAACAGCUGUCGGAUACACAUAAGGAUCACAGUAAAUACUUGUCUUUAUUCUUUAAUGAGUUUCAUUAAAGUUCUUUUUUUAUUGAACACCAAUCGACAGCAUAUAUAUAUAUAUAUAUAUAU